AUGAAGGAAGAGAUACAGGUUCUCCAAUCAAAAGUAAAAGAAUUAGAGCAGGAUGUUUCUUUAGUACAGGAUGAUUUAUCAGAAAUGGAUUCUCUCAAGUAUAAAUUGGAACUGAAAAAUGUAGAACUAACUAGUGAAAAUAUUGGUCUAAGUUUG